AUGGACCCUGGCCAGGAUGCAAUCGCUCUGACUGGCUCUGGAUCAGAAGCCGUAAACACAUUGGCAAGGCUCCGGAGGGAGAUGGCUACACUGCUGGCACGACCUCGCUCGGAAUUUGGAGAGAUUGAUCCUCAACUUGACGUCUCUCGAACCCUCGACGUCGUGCGUGAGGCUCGUCGCAGGAUGGAACAGCUAAACCAGCCCUCUGGCGACUCGCGCACGCAAACCCGCCUCCGUGCUCCUCAAUCAGCAGGGCCGACGAGAUUCGGCCCACGUCCAGAGCCAUCACACCAUCGUCUCUCAGCCGCUCGAUGGCAGUCGCAGCCACUCUCACGGUCAGACUUUAAUUCCGCGGAUGCGUCCACUACCUUAGGAAGGCGCGUCGCUGCUAGGACGGCCAGCGGACAGAGCUCCAGCACGAACGCAUCCCAAACACUCAGAGAUAACCCUGCGGAAACCGCGAAUGAGAUUUUGGCUCGAGCAAUGAGGUACCUUGCUGAGCAUGACGAGCAGAUGAACGCAAUGGUACAGCGAGCCCGAUCGGCUAGCGUGCCACCAGCGGCCAGUGGCUCCGGCGCUGACGCAUCUCAGUCUGGGGAUCAACCGCGCGGGGAAGAUAACGGAGAGGCGGAGCGUAGCUCUCGAAUGCUUUCUCCGCUGUUUCUAAAUAUAUCACCAUCUCCUCAAACGGCACCUCAAACCGACCCGCUCGAUGCGCCAGCGCCUCUCAGGUCCAGCCAAACCAGCCAAUCAGUGCCAACGCAGACCCGGCCUCCCAACGUUCGUCUCUCGCAAGCUCCUCCUCCCGAGGAGAUUGCGCAGCCAAUAGGCGGAAGCAGCUCAUGGAUGUUUGGGGAGGAGCGUGCGCUACCCGACUUGGACGAUGACGAUCCUUUCAGCUGGCUUCUGCCCUCACGUUCACGAGACGAGUUUCUCGGCCUCGGCGGACCAGUCAGGACACGCGAGCCGUAUCGCUUUGCAGAUGCUUUCAUUGCCCCGGAGGAGCGUCGGAGACGUGACAGAGCUGGUCAGAGUAUGGCUUAUCCACAGACAACUCUAAGCUCCAGAAGCGAUGCCGAUAUAGGCCAACAGAGAGCUUCUCGGCGCCCUAGGCGGGGAUGGGCACGUCUUGAUCCAGACGGUGAUGAGAUACCGACAGAUGAGGAGGAAGAAUACGAGCGCCACCGAGCGCAGCUACGCGCUCGCGCCCUCCAGCUAACGUCGGGGCAGGCUUCACGGCGCUUCGACGUUGCGCCGCUGUUCCCGGAGCCACCGCCCCAUCAACGACGACCGCUUUUCAUGCCGACAACACAGUCAGUCUGGCAGUUCUCUAACGACGAGGAUAUCCAAGUGCGCAUCAAUCCAGCCUUACCUUCGUCAGACUCGCUGUCGGAUUGGGAAAGACCUAUCACCCCACGCGAAGAUGAUAAUGAAAGCCUCGCGCCGACGGAGAUUAUACCUCGGGGUCCUCCGUCACCAGAGCUGAUCGGAUCCUCUAUUCCCUUCUCUCCCAGCCCACUGCCUCUGCCUCUGAUCGACCUAUCUCCUUUGAAACAUACUCGGCAUCGGAAGUUGAGCUCUGCAAAUCGGCGCAUAAAAGUCUCUUCUGCGGCUUGCCUCGCAGGGCGGUGA